CAGCUAAUUACCAUCAGCCUGGCCAGAGGAUUUAAGGAGCGGUGCUGCCACACCUCAAUGCCGGUUGAUACUCUACUGUUGGGUACAUCUAGCCACGUCCUUAACUGUGCCUUGACUUUAAGACUUGUUUACCUGAACUAACCCAGCUCUGCAUUCUUGUCUGUACCAGCCCUGGAUUCCCUCCACCUGCCUGAGGUGUGAUUUAUCACAAGCGUCGUUCAGCUUCCCUGGCCUCCUGCUCUCCACCGCUCACCUGCCUUCCUGGAUCCAGCAUCUCCUCCAGCGACCAUCACCUCCCUGCAUCAACCUGACUUGCCUCUCCCUCCUGCCCCUCGUCCUGCUCAACUCAGUAGCUGUACAGGUGUGUGUGGGUGCUCCGGUCAGUAUGGAGAGUGUGUCACUUCGGACGUGGACUUCAGGCUCAGCGGUCGUGUUCUUCAACACCUUGGCCCUGUCCUGGACAGGUAAGGUUGAGCCAGCUGCUAAGAUCGAUGGCUGGCAGCAGUCAGCUGUGACGCUUCAGGAGAACAUGACACACAGAUUCAGCUGCCAGUUGGACGGCUGGGAUCCUCGGGCCCCUCCUCUGCUGACCUGGUAUCUGAACGGGAAGCAGCAGGAACCAAACCCUAGUCGUCUGCUGCUGAUGUCACAGAAGGAUCCUGAGGUGGUGAAACCAAGAACCAACCCAAACAACACCUUCUUCCUGCAGGCCAGGAAGUGGGACCGGGAGCUGGUGUGUGUGGCAUCAAACCCCAGGACAGGAAAGAGCUACAAUGCCACAGUCAUGAUCAAUGUCCAGUUCCAGCCAGAGAUCCUCUGGGUUAACACCCAGUACAGUGAAACGUCCGACCCUGGCCUGUUCCUGCUCCUCCUUGCCCUGGUACGGUCCAAUCCCCCAGCCACCCUCACCUUUGUGGACCAGUGGGGUCACUUGGUGGCUAACACCUCUGACUUCCUCAUCCUGGACUCACGAAGCUACCCCUGGUUGACCAAUCACACGCUGAAGGUCUCACUGAGCAGCUUGACAGGAAACGUGAUGCUGAAUGCCAGCAACAGUGUGGGAGCAGCUCACAGCAACCUCACCCUGUCAGAGUUCCUGCAGUCCCGUGUGGAAGUACCCAUGUUUGGUAUAGUGACUGGAGGAGCCAUAGCCUUCAUGGCCCUCCUCAUCCUCAGCCUGAUCGUUCUCUGCCUCGUGCACAAAAACAAGAGCAAGUCCUUUGAGGAGCCAGUCGAGAUCCUGAUGACCAAGAAAAGCGAAUCAGCAAACCUGAAGACAGACCAAGCAGAGAAGAUCCACAUCCCCAGAGAGAACAUGUCUCUGCCCUCCAACAUGCAGCUCAAUGACCUCAGCACUCUGAGGAAAGCUCGAGAUGCUGCCAGACAGAACAGAGUGGCAGAGCCAAAGAAAGAAGAGAAGGAAGAUCUGUCUUUAGUCUACGCAGCAAGAGGUUUUGCCAGAUAUCCGAUGGUGGGCUACAUCUAUAAAGUGAACAGCACAAGCAGCGAAGAAAUCUGGCUCUGACCAGCGAAGCAUGUCUGCUGUGUGUGCAUGCACGACUAACGAUGCAGUAGGAAGCCCAAAACUAAAUAAGUCACCUGGAACCAGAACCAGGCUCCCGGAGCAAAUUAUUACAGAUGUGCAUCAGUUUGCUUUGGAAUCACAGUUCAACAGAAAAAUAAAAACACAAAGCAUCAAGUUCUCCUGCAACCAGCGAACAACCUUCAGAGCAAAUCAGCUGAUUCUGUUUGUGAUGAGACGUGCCACCUGUCCACAGGUAGUCUGGUCCAUUCCAGUGAGACUAGUCUUCUGGCCUGUGCUCUAACCCGCUCUCUCUAACUUCCUGGGACAACUGCGUCCUCCGCUCUCGAUGACGUUCGUGUCCAGUGAUAACCAUUUAAACAGGUAGACUAAAGACGUGUUUUCAGCUUAAUCGUCUGUUGUUUAUUUUGUGGGAACACACUUCAGGAUCAGAGCGGAUCUUCUGUUGGGUUUAAUAAUCAUGAUUCCUGCCCAGUCAUUUCAGUUUCUCUCAACACAAACGUGUCCGCGUGUCACAAAGUCAAGCAGGUGCUCGUGUGUUUUCUCUGCCCCAAUGUUGUCAUACGUAUUAUUUCCUGUAACCACAUGAUAAUGAUGUCAUAAUGAAGGAAUGCAUUUACUUACUCCACAAUGUUACAUUUGAGAAGUAAUAUUAGAAAUAAAGUGGUCCACUACUUUGUGUAUGUGUGUACUAAUAAAGUACAAGGAAAUGUGA